AUGACGUACACGGGCCAAGUUCCCCCGUCUCUCGCCAACAAAAUCGAUCCGCGCAUCGCCCCCUUCUUCGAGCGCUUCUAUGACGUCUCGGACAACCCGACUGCGCACGCCGAGUAUGCCGAUUCCUUUCUCCCAGACGCCGACUUCGUGAUGGGCUCGAAGGCCGUCAAGGGCCAUGACCAGGUCCUGGAGUUGCGCAAGGGACUCUGGACGGGGCCGAUCCAGACCCGGAAGCACAAGCUGGAGAAGAUCUUUCCCUUUGGCGAAAGCAGUCUGGAGUGCAUGUUGUACGGCAGCGUAGAUUACGGCCUGAAGAAUGGCAAGCAGUUGACCGUGGAGUGGGCCGCCAGAGCGGUGUUGGCGGAGUACGAGGGAAAGGAGUUGAGGUUCAAGAAGUAUCAGGUUUACUUGGAUUCGGCGCCUGUCGCGAACGCUGCGAAGGGGUAG